CGGAGCCCCAAACAAUGGGGCCAUUUCUGGCCUGUAGGCCGCCAGCGUGAGCGCGUUUAGGGGCAGGGCUUUUUGAAGGAAGCGAUGCUGUUUAAACUACUUCACGCUUGAGUCAGGCAGAGCAGAGGGAGGGGGCUCAUUUCUGGGCGAGCGAGUUGAGGAAGGUUUGUUCUCCGAGCGCCAGACAGCAGUAAAGCGAUAAAAUGAUCAUCGUCAUUGAAGAUCAGGAUGGCUUUGACAAAGCUCUCGCUGAGGCAGGUGACAAGCUUGUAGUGGUUGAUUUUACAGCCACGUGGUGUGGGCCUUGUCAGAGCAUCGCACCUUUUUACAAGGGCCUGUCUGAAAAUCCUUCCUAUGCUAAUGUGGUCUUCCUCAAAGUGGACGUAGAUGAUGCACAGGAUGUAGCCCAGUCUUGUGACAUUAAAUGUAUGCCAACAUUCCACUUCUACAAGAGCGGGAAGAAGCUGGAAGAUUUCUCUGGGUCCAACAAGACUAAACUGGAAGAGAUAGUGAACCAACACAAAGGCUAAGCCUGAUAUGACCCACUCAUAAAUGUUUCCUGUGCAGCCUAAGCUCCAAUUUU